GCCCUCUGUAAAUUGUAUGCUGCUUCAAGAGAAAAGCUCUUAGAAAGCUGGGAGACGUCUCCUUUUGCCCAGAAAUCUUUGCUCUGCACGACUAAACUAAUAAAAAAAGUUCAAUUAUAUUUCUAAACAAGAAAGCCAAUAAAUACAGACAACGGUAACUUUUUAUGGCCCACCCUGUAUAAUGCCAAAAGUGAUAUUUAUUCUGCGCUUCAUAGCGUUUCAUCAUUUCAUUUGUACUGCGCUUUCUGGCGAACUGGUCGCUUGUCAGUUUGUUUUCUUAACUAUUUGAUGUCGAACUCGAACGUCGAAUCUUCGAGGUCUUAACAUCCAUGAUUAUUAUGAUUAUAUUUCUUAUAAAAUAAAAUUGUUUAAUUUCAUUAGGUAUAUUAAGAUUUGAAAGCAUCUUUGAAUUUGAAAAACAUAUAUUUCUUGUUACCGAACGUCUUCAAACGGAUAUGUUAAAUUAUAUAUUAUCAAAUGAGAAUCCAAAAGGAAGAUUAGAUGAAGAUAUAGCAAGAUUUUUAGCAUAUCAGUUGGUAGCUGCUAUACGCUAUUUACAUUUCAGAAAUAUAGCUCAUUGUGAUUUGAAACCUGACAAUAUUUUCAUCAAUAUUUGUGAUGAUGUAGUUCAUUUAAAAGUGGGUGAUUUUGGUUAUGCGCGAACGAUACCUGACCAGUCAAAACGAAAUACAAUACGUGGAACACCUGCUUAUUUAGCACCUGAAAUUGGUAACGAUGUAUUACGAAAUGUACAUGGUUAUAAUAAAACCGUAGACAUGUGGGCUGUUGGAGUAACUAUCUUUGUUAGUCUGACUGGCUAUUUCCCGUUUUGUGAGGAUAUAGACAUUAUUGAUCAGUUACCAAAUAUACCCAAGUU